UCUUACAAUGAUUGGUUUAUGUACCUUUACAUACAAAUUACUAUGUAGUGGUACUUAUAGCCUACAUAUUGCGAAACCGCGCACAUCGCUUCCGCUCAUUUACCUUGAGCGAAGCGAAAAUUUGGUCACGACGAGUAUCGCUUUUCGGCAAGGUUAAAAUCAGUCACUGACGAAUCCCCGCUGUUACUUUAAUAUGUCAGCAAAGCAACACCCCCUCCCAUAGAUCUACAAACAAAGUUCCGCCUUACCAGACCUAAUCUUGAUGACAACUGUAUCCAAAACGUCGGAGAGUCAUCACCUUCAAAUGGCUGCCUCAUGACUUCCACCUGCCUUCCACUUCAGUGGCGUGCUCCUCGGCUUAACCGAGGCGGGAUCUCGGCGGUCACCUUGUGGGGUAAGCAACGCGGGGCGGGGUAACCACCCGCCGACGCGAAUCUGAUGUACUCUUAAAAGGCCAGCUUCUUGUGUUGUAAAUCCAUACUCAUAAAUAACUUAACAUGUCCUCUCUAGACGAACAAUUCCAGCAAGCGUGCGCAGCGGGAGAUCUCCCCGGUGUUGUCCUAUUAGCCAGCGAUACAACAGGGAAAUUCAAGUAUGAAAAAGCCUUUGGGAUGAAGUCCCCAGGGGAGAAGAUUGACAUCAACGCAACCUUCAUCCUGGCCUCCUGCACAAAACUCAUGACCACCAUCGCGGCCAUGCAGUGCGUUGAGCGGGGGGAGAUCCAAUUAGACGACGAUGUAUCAACAGUCUUGACGGAAUUAAAGGAUAUCCAGAUCCUCACCGGCUUCAAUGAAGAGACAAAUGAACCUAUUCUCACGCCCGCCAAGAACAAAAUAACUCUCCGCCACCUCCUAACCCACACUGCCGGCCUCGGCUACUACGGCAUGAACCCUCUCCUCGCCCGCCUCUUUAAAACCCUCGCCCCGCCCCGCGCCGGCGACGCCACCUCCCCAAUCAUCCAACGCAUCAGCUCCCCCCUCCUCUUCGAGCCCGGCACAAGCUGGGAAUACGGCACCGGGCUCGACUGGGCCGGCGUGCUGGUCAUGCGCCUCACCAACACCUCACUGGAAGCGUACAUGCAGUCGCACAUCUGGGAUCCCCUAGGAAUCAAAAACAUAACCUUCCACCAGGAGCUGAAGCCCGAGGUGAGGCGGAGACUGGUCACCAUGACCAAGCGCGGGGCGCGGAAGAAGGUAUGGAGUAAACCCUCCACCGGCGGGGAAAAAAUCGAAUGGACAGACGAUAAAGUGUACGAAGACCCCUGCAAGGACGAAUUCGGCGGCGGCGGCGCAAUCGGGUCUGCAGUCGAGUAUCUCAAGAUCCUCACCUCGAUAUGCGCCUCCGACGGAAAGUUGUUGAAGGGUACGACGAUCGAUGAGAUGUUCACCCCCCAACUCCCCCCCGGUGGUCGGCGCGCACUAACUAUCCACAACGACGCACUCGCCGAGACCGAAACCUUCACGAGCCGGAAAUCCGGAACGAAGCUGAAUUUCGGACUCGGUGGGCUCCUCGUGCUCAGCGAUGAUGAGGGGACGGGGUUGAAAGCGGGGACGAUGACGUGGAGCGGGUUGCCGAAUUUGUUGUGGACGAUUGAUCGGAGGAGUGGGUUGAGUUUGUUUUAUGCGGAGAAUGUGAUUCCGUUUGGGGAUCAUAGGAGUCAUCGGAUGCAGCAGAUGUUUGAGAGGGAGGUGUAUGGGUUGGCGGCGCCGUCAGGUUCGAAGUUGUGAGGUUGGGGUGGGGCGUCUGUGUCCUGAGAUGGGCGAGGUGUUAUCUGUCAGAUUAUUCAGUUGUUUUAGAAUACACGGUAAACCAGAAAGGUAUGAAGACGAGAACAAAUAAAGAAUCUCAGGAAUGCGUAGAUUUGGUAUAAAGUCGACAGAAAUCUCAACCUCCCAUCACUCAUCUCAUUAUUUCUCAUACGAUCUUCUCUCGCUGGCUCCAACAAACCGACAGACGAAUAUAAAUAAACCCCUCUCCCUCCUUUCAUCCUUUCUCCAUCCCAAGAAUACACCACCGAACCCUAAAUCCCAACCCUAUCACAUUACAUUAGAACACAACACCAAAAUCAAGCCAAAACGACAUUGCUAAAAAAAAUCCCGCUCAAGAAACCAAAAAGGGGGGGGGGGUAUAGUAUAACCUAAACUACUGUAAGUGUUUCUUUCUUUUUUUCUCUCUAAAGCAACCAAAAAAUCCCCCCAUCCCACUCCAUUCCGUCGAAAGAUGUAUUCACAUCGCGUCUCGUACAGGGCUUUUCCAAAAAUCCGUUCAUCGCAUCGCAGCCCGUAUUCAUCCCUUCAUAUCCAAUAAAUUCAUCUGGUCCGCAUCCGCAUUAACCAUGCUCCAUCUCCUCCCAUACGUUCCCCCUUGACUCCAACUCCCCGCACACAAAAAGUCACCCUCAACUCUCCUCCCUAACCCCCUCCAACCCCCCCCC